AUGAAUAGUAUGCAGAACCUUGUGGUGCUUGCCGUGCUUGCGGCCGCCGUGGUGCUCCCAGGUGCCCUUGGGCAGGAUGGGCGCACAUUAAAGACCUUGAACCCAGGCACUAGGUUGGUGAACGCCCAGUUUCACCUGGACAAGCAGCUCUACAAGGCACAGGUCACCCAGGUCGUCGCGCGCGAGAAGGCCAUUGGCAAGGUCGGCAAGACCCUCGAUAAGGCCGCCGACCGCGAGGCCCACCUGGACCACAAGGUCGACAAGGCCGCCGACCACGCCGCCGCGCUCGCGGCCAGGGCCUCCCAGAGCGGCAGCAUCGGCUCCAUGAAGCGCGCGGCCCUGGCCGAGAUCGACGUGGAGAAGGCCAUCCGCUUUGCUGACCGCGAGAAGGCUGAGCUGCAGGCCAAGGUCGACCGCAAGAUACAGAACACCAUUGACUGGCAGGCCAAGAAGGAGGACAAGGCCGCGCAGCGCGUGGACAAGGCCCAGGUGCGCCUGGACAAGGCCCAGGUCCGCUUCGACGCCUUCCUCGGCCGCAAGAGCGGCGGCUUCGGCGGCCUGCAGCUGCCCCAGCUGGGCGGCUUCGGUGGUGGCGAUGAUGGCGCGCAGGCGGGCGCAAUUGGCGGCAUGCAGCCCGGCGGUGUGCCCAACCUGCCGUUUCUCCCUUGA